GGUCCAGGCGCGCUGGGGGCUUGGGCGGAUGCUCCUGUGCCGCAGCAGGUCCCGCUGGUGCCCGAGUGCCCGCGCCAGCCAUGCAGGAGCCUCUGCUGCGAGCUGAGGGCCUGGACUAUGACACCUUCCCCGAGACGCCCGCGUCGCCGGGAGAGAGGACGCGGACCGGGGCCUUGCAGAACAGAAGGGUGUUCCUGGCCACCUUUGCUGCUGUGCUGGGCAAUUUCAGCUUCGGGUACGCCCUGGUCUACACAUCUCCAGUCAUCCCAGCUCUGAACCUUUCCUCAGACCCUGCGCUACACCUGAACAAAAUCCAGGCAUCCUGGUUUGGGUCUGUGUUCACCUUGGGUGCUGCGGCAGGGGGCCUCAGUGCCAUGGUGCUCAGUGACCUCCUGGGCCGGAAGCUCAGCAUCAUGUUCUCAGCCGUCCCCUCGGCCGUCGGCUACGCGCUCAUGGCUGGUGCCCAGGGCCUCUGGAUGCUGCUGCUGGGGAGGAUGCUGACUGGCUUUGCCGGAGGACUCACUGCUGCCUGCAUCCCGGUGUACGUGUCUGAGAUCGCACCCCCUGGUGUUCGUGGUGCCUUGGGAGCCACACCACAACUCAUGGCCGUGUUUGGAUCCCUGUCCCUCUAUGCCCUUGGCCUUCUGCUGCCCUGGCGCUGGCUGGCCGUGGCUGGGGAGGGGCCUGUGCUCAUCAUGAUCCUGCUGCUGAGCUUCAUGCCCAACUCCCCUCGCUUCCUGCUCUCUCGUGGCCGGGAUGAUGAGGCGCUAAGGGCACUGAGCUGGCUGCGCUCAGACUCUGACAUCCACUGGGAGUUCGAACAGAUCCAGGAAAACGUGCAAAGACAGAGCAGCCGAGUGUCAUGGGCAGAGGUCCGGGACCCCCAUGUAUUCCGGCCCAUCCUCAUCGCCGUGCUGAUGCGCUUCCUGCAGCAGCUGACAGGCAUCACGCCCAUCCUCGUGUACCUGCAGACCAUCUUUGACAGCACAUCCGUGGUGUUGCCCUCCCAGCAGGAUGCAGCCAUUGUGGGCGCUGUGAGGCUCCUGUCUGUGCUGAUUGCUGCCGUCACCAUGGACCUGGCGGGCCGGAAGGUUCUGCUGUAUGUGUCAGCUUCCAUCAUGUUUGUGGCCAACCUGACACUGGGGCUGUACGUCCACUUUGACUCGAAGACCCCGACCCCCAACAGCACCGUGGGCCUGGAGGUCUUGCCCAUGGUGGGCACAGAGCAGCCUCUGGACACAGCUUUCAACUACCUCACCCUGAUACCUCUGCUGGCCACCAUGCUUUUCAUCAUGGGCUAUGCCAUGGGCUGGGGGCCCAUCACCUGGCUCCUCAUGUCUGAGGUCCUGCCCCUGCGUGCCCGAGGUGUGGCCUCAGGCCUCUGCGUGCUGGUCAGCUGGCUCACUGCCUUCGUCCUCACAAUGUACUUCCUGCAGGCAGUGCCUCUGGAUGCACCUGGGAUCCAGAAUGAAUGCCCCAUGUCCUCCCACCCCAAGAGGGGGCAACCCUACACCAAAGUGAUUGGCUAACAGUUCUUGUCAGAACCAUGGUCAUGGGUUUGGUUGUUUUUUUUGUUUUGUUUUGUUUUUGGGGGGUGGGAGGGGAGGGUGGCUUUUUGCUGUGUAGACGAAGCUGGUCUUGAACUCAGAAAUCUGCUCACUUCUGCCUCACAGGUGCUGGCAUUAAAGGCAUGCACCACCAGGCCUGGCUGCUGUCUGAAGUGAAUACCUUUUCCUUCCACCCUGCAGUACACCAUUUGGUACUCACAAUCUGAUGCCCCACCCCCAAAUCUGCAGAGGCCGGGGAUAAUUCAAGGUAGUGCUGCAGGUUUCUACUGAGGUUUCACCCAUGGGUCAGUGGGGAGCCCUCCGGAAGGGGCACAGACUGGAUGGGACUCCAAGGUCAAUCUGGAAGUCAGCUGGGUCACUGAUGAAGUCACCAACAUGGAGAGAGGGCAGCAACUUGUAGGUCAUGAUCAGGUCUUCACCACUGACCCCUUUGUACGACCUGGAAACAGCUAACUGUACUUGAGAGGACUUGACCUCAACCUCACCAGAUUCUGUCCUAAGCUGCUUUACCAGGGCAGCGCCUACCUAAUCCCACCCUAUCCAACCUCCAGCUGGAUCACCUACACUGAUGGGGCUCCACUGUGCCCUGGGUACCUUCAGACAGGAGAGCAGGCGGGUCUGCCCAGCCCAGACAGGACUCCUGUCCCUAGAGAGCACUGGGACCCUCAGACCUUCCUUUCCUGAGAACAGCACCCCACUCCCCCGGGGCUCCAGAAAUUCACAGUGUAGGGGGCAGACAGGAAGGGAACAAGGAACAAUACAACAUUCAGUGAACUUGUAUGGCAUUUGGAAAGCCAGCAACAGAUCUGCACUUCUUGGGGGACCUGCCUUCCUGUUCUGUCCCACUGAGGCUUGAGCUAGCAAAGCCUGCUUCCCUGGGAACCUGAGGUUAGGGGGUGAGCCUGGGUGGGUGUCGGGGGUAGGAAGGUCCAUGAAGGGUCCAUAGGCAGCAAGCCUAAUGUAGGCAGCAGAGAGAUGGAACCGAGUCGGGCAGGACAAUGAGAACCCAGAAGACAGGCUGCCUCCCUGCCCCACUGCCCGGCCACCCUCAGGGGGUCAUCUGUCUACCCACUGCCCGGCCACCCGCAGGGGGUCAUCUGUCCUCCCACUGCCCGGCCACCCGCAGGGGGUCAUCUGUCUACCCACUGUCCGGCCACCCUCAGGGGGUCAUCUGUCCUCCCACUGCCCGGCCACCCUCAGGGGGUCAUCUGUCCGCCCACUGCCCGGCCACCCUCAGGGGGUCAUCUGUCCCCUGGCACCGCCUGACCCUCAGUCAACUUCCCAGCCUGGGCUUCCUGCCACGAGUGUAACCAGACCUGCCCCACUUAUGACCAAGCUUGGUCCAAAGGUCGGGGCCUCAGCAGUGCCACCCUCGCGCAGGUGAGCAUCACCGGGCCGGCGCG